GAAACCUGCGUUGUGGGGUGUCCCGCAGGCAGGGGAUUCCCGAGAAUGAUUACCAGAGGAGUGAAGUUAACAGCAUUUGUGGGUUAUCAAACUUAAGGGUUACUGGCUACUUUCCAGCUCUCAUUGAGCAAGAAUGGUUACGGGAGGCGCGGAGUUUUAGCAGAACUUGUGGUGAGUUUUUAUGAAGUUUGAUACCUCCUUUCUUCUACUUUGACCUGUUCAAAGAGACUCUGGGCUUCGUAGACGCGACUCGUGCAACACAAUUUUCAAGCGAACUCUUCUGCAAGCACGCAAAAAUGGAUCGAUUUUCUCAAGAGAUAGUUGAUGAAAUCGUCCAUCACGUUGAGGAUGCGAGGGACAUUGCAAAACUUUCGGUAACUUGCAAAUCAUUCCAGGAAACCGGUUACAAUGUCAGGUCAAUGCAUGUAAAAGUGUUGAAUGAGGAUCAUGAAUGGGCCCGAAAUCUUGUAGAUAUGUCCUCACCGAAUUCUGGUUUGGAAAGUCGAAAUCUGAAGGAUACUGUGGUGAAUAUUAUAGCAAAGAAGCAUUGCAUAAAGCAGCUGUGCAUUGAAGUUGAGCCGAGGCUACAGUCGAAAGAAGUUCCUGAAAAUGAAGGACAGAGAACAGAUUUUUGGAUGAGCGAUCCGUAUUUUGUGAGGAAAUGGUUACCUCGCGCAGGGGCCACGCUUCAGCAUUUAUGCAUAGUGGACUAUGGGAAGCAGGCCAUAAUGCGCAGAUCUAGCGUCCUUAAGAUUAUAUCAGAGAACUGCAAAUUGGUGAAGACGCUGGAUCUAAGGAAUAUGUAUAUUGAUACAAGUGACUGUGGAGUAAUGACCUCCAUGGUGAGCAUGACAUUACGUUGUGUUAAAGUGACGGUUGGAACUUUAGAUGAUAUGAACACAAUCAUGCCGAAUCUACAGACGUUGGCGCUGCUUGGGGUAUUUGGUGUGGAGAAAGGGAAUCUGAAGUUUAAAAAUAUGAAAGUGCUUUGCCUCGGUCUCUCAACUCCAGCAGAGAACGUCUUAAUGGAUCUUCCUAGUCUUGAGAAGCUGGAACUAAAGAUGCAAUGUCCUCAGGAUCUCAGAAUUGUAGCACCUCAACUGAAAUACUUUGCUUUCAAUAUGAAGGUGCCGGAGGAAUCAAAAGUGCAGGUAUGCUGCGGGGACACGACUAAAGUGCACGCGACAAAGGACCUGCCUGGAGGUUUACUUGAACUGUUAUAUGGAGCCUCGAGUUUCGGAACGUUUGCACUUCGUUUAGAGAGAAACAGGAGUAAUUGCAAGACAUUAUAUGUGGACAUCCCUUGUAUGGCGUUGAAAGAAGAUGGAACAUUUUUCACAGUGUCGAAAGAUGUAUCCCUGAACCUACCAUGUUUUGAGAAUCUACAUAACUUUGAACAUCCAUAGUUCUUUUCCAUUUGACCCUGACAAUGGCAUAGCAUGGAAAUGCAUCUGGAGCAACUUACAUCAAGAAAUUGUUGGCCAUGAAUGCCCACUUUGGUUCUUCA